AUGAAAGGAGGCGCUGUUGAACUCGAGCGGCCACCAAAAGCUCUGAUCGCUGAGGGCGACAAGCUGUUCAUCAACGGAAAGCUUGAGCAAGCGCUUCAACUGUAUAACGAAGUUCUCGAACGAGAUCCAACUGAUCAUGCCGGCCUUGUCGCACGCUCAAGAUGUUACACACAGCUCGGAGAGCUAGAACUAGCCGUUGCCGAUGCAGAUAAAGUUUUGGCGAAAGAUAAACUGAGUCAGGAAGCAAUGUACCGAAAAGCAGAGGCUCUCUUCCAGCUGGGCCGAUACGAACACGCUCUUGUCUUUUACCACCGAGGUCACAUGCUCAGGCCAGAAGUCGACCACUUCCGAAUCGGAAUUCAAAAAGCGCAAGAAGCAGUUCUUGGACAUCUCGGAAUGAACAAUUUGAAAAUCGUCUCCAAAACUGGUUUUGAAACGGAUCGCAAAUUUUUGAAGCAAAUUUUGAAAACGGAGCCAAAGAACGCAGUGGGAAGCGUCUCAGCCGAAGUGCGCCGCAUCGCUCAAUUGGGACUCGACUAUCUCGACAAAACGACAGAAGCUUGUAUGGAAGUUCAAAUGAAAUCGCGCAAAAACGAAAAGAAAAAGUAUUCGCUGUAA